CACACCCCCCGGAAGACGGCAAGCCAGCCGAGCCUCCUUGACAUUUAGUGCCAUGUCAAGGCGGCAUUGCUCCCAAUUCUAAGGCUGUUCGCCGCCGCAGGCAGCAUGAUGAAGGGGGCCGGCGCCAUGAGCACGAUGAAGCCGCCGUCAUCGCCCUUGUACUACGUCCACGAGGCGGACGGCCACGGCCACCACUACCUCGAGGAGUGCUCCCUCUGCGGCAAGUCCCUCUCCGGCGACAUCUUCAUGUACAGGGGUGACACGCCGUUCUGCAGCGAGGAGUGCAGGCAUCAGCAGAUCGAGGUGGACAGGGCGAGGCACCGGCGGAAGAAGCACGCGGCGGCGCACGCGGUGUCGGCGGCGCGGAAGGAGCAGCACCGGCACCACCACCACCACCACCACCACCAUCAUCAUCACCGUCAGCACCAGCACCAGCACCAGCCGCAUCAGCCGCCGCCGGAGCCGCGGACGGCCAUGGUGGGCUCCGCCCCGUGGGCCGACGCCGGGUUCGCCGCGAGGAGCCCCGCGUUGCGCGUGUGACGCUCCCAUCAAACCGCACCCGAUCUUCGGCGACCUCAGUCUGGCACACGUACGUACAGUACAGGACGACGGACAUAUACGUACACGUACUCAUACGUCUACGACUACACGCGCCAGCAUACGGGUUUAGGGACCGGUUGCAUAUACUAGUGGUGUACGUACGUACACGCCUGAUCGAGGGUCCCGUUGUUCCACGGGCGGCUGGACAUGGAGGUUUUUUCACAAAUAGUGUGUCCCGAUCGAGGUUAGAACUUUAGAGCCACGAGAGUGCGAGCCAUUGUUGCAUGCAAUGCAAUGCAUGGGCUCCCUCUCCAUCUUUCUCGCCCCAGAUUAACUUGGCUGUUUGUUCUGCUUUUGUGGAAUGGGAUUGAUUUUCCGUACCAAACGCUCUAGAUGUAAAUCUUGUUGUUACUUUGAUCAAUAUAUGUGUUUUCUUGUA